UGGUCGCUGUGAUGAGCAGUUCUACUUCCUCGCCAUAGCAGACUAACAGAAAUGGUUUUGGCUGUAGGGAAGAACAGGGGUAGAAAACCGACUCAGGCCAGCUCCUCCCUCCGCGGAUGAAGAGAAACGCUGGGUCUCUAUAUGCGCCUCAGACAGAGGGACUAUGGUGGCAGACUGGUAAAGAUGGCCGCUCUCUCUGAGGAUGGGAGGUAUGGACUAAAUUGUGGCCGGAAUGCCGACAGGAUCACCGUUUUGCAUGUAAAACUGACAGAGACAGCCAUACGAGCGCUAGAAAACUACCAAAACUGUAAGAAUGUACCGUCCUCACGGCCAACAAUACACUUCCAAGGACUUCAAGGGUGCAUUAAGAUUCCAAAGACGGAUGUCUCGGAUGGAUCUCAUACCUUUGAUUUUUACCUGUCCAAUGUCGGCAAGGACAAUCCUCAGGGAAGCUUUGAGUGCAUCAAACAGUAUGUGUCAAGCUCUGGGGUCUCCAAUUUGUCAUCUCUGGGGACGAUUCAGGACAAAAUCACAGUGCGUGCCACCAACGACUCCUACCAGAUGACCAAAGAGCGUAUGACGCAGGCAGAAGAGGACACACGCAUGAGGGGCACCAAGGUCAUCAAACCAGGAGGGCAGUUCAGAGGUAAAAUUGCCCAGAUCCGAAAGCCAGCUCCCUCCGCCCCUGACCCAGUUCCAGAGCGGAAACGGUCCACCCCUAUGAACCCAGCCAACACCAUCCGUAAGUGCCUUACCAGCAACCCGGUGUCCCAGAGGCCGUACCGGGACCGCAUCGUCCACCUGCUGGCGCUGCGAUCCUACAAGAAGCUGGAGAUUCUGGCCAGGUUACAGCGAGACGGCGUUAGCCAGAAGGACCGUAACUCGCUGGGAAGCACCUUACAGCAGGUUGCCAAUCUUAACCCGAAGGAUAACUCGUACUCACUAAGGGACUUCAUCUACCGUGAGGUCCAGAGGGACUGGCCAGGAUACUCAGAGGAUGAGCGUAUUCAGCUGGACAGGAUCCUGGCUCGGAAACUAGGACUGCCUGCAGAUUCACUCUCAUCCAGCAGUUCUCCUAAAGAACCCACAUCGCCACAGAAGCGCCAGCCCGAGGGUGACUUCAUUGACCCUCUGAUGCCCAAGAAGCCACGUAUCUCCCACCUCAGUAACCGAGGGGCUCCUAGCUCAUCAGAACGACGCACCCCUACAGAAGCUGAGGAGAAGAGAUCUGCACCGCCGGUCACUGCAGCCUGCCCAGGACCCUCCUCCCAGCCGCCUGUCUCUCACCCCCCCUCCGGCUCCAACUCCAACUCCCCGAGCACGCCCGAGGGCCGUGGAACACAGGACCUGCCCCUGGACCAGAGCUCCACAUGUGGGGAGGAAACCGAACGCUAUGCCCCUCGCACCCGCACCCUCACGCCCAGCCCCCCCAGUCAGCCCACCCUCACCUCCUCUUCUUCAUCAGUCUCCAGAUCCUCUGUCCUCCCCACCUCUGCCAUGUCCCCAGCAGUCAGCAGUAGCAAAAAGCCCAAAAAGAAGUCCAAGAAGCACAAAGAUAAGGAGAGGGAGAGAGAAAAGGAUAGAGGGAGGCACAAGGAGGGCCACGCUGAGGAGAGCGAGAGGCCCAGGAAGAGACACCGCACUGAGGCAGAGGAGAGGUGUGUGCCAACCAUCAUCCACAGCCCUGCUUCAGACGCAGAACCACGUGGUGAAGACAGAACAAGCAAAUCUGACUUCACUGAACUUUCCACGCCUGUGAUCCCCGAUUACAUAGCUAAGUACACUGCGGUGGUGUCUACAGACCAGAGGCAGCGCUACAAGGACGACUUCAACGCUGAGUACGAUGAGUAUCGUGUCCUUCAUGCUCGUGUGGAGAGCAUAACACGGCGCUUCGCUCAGCUAGACACCCAGUGCAGACGCCUCCUGCCUGGAACCAAAGAGUACCAGGAGGUGCAUGAAGAGGUGCUACAGGAAUACAAGAAAGUGAAAAAACACAACCCAAACUACCAUGAUGAGAAGCAACGCUGUGAAUAUCUGCACAACAAGCUGGCCCACAUCAAGAGGCUCAUUGCUGACUUUGACCAGCGGAGGGCGCAGUCCUGGCUUUAGGUGGUGGGGCCCGAGAAAAGCCUGCAACCAAUCAGAGCUCUCCAGAGCCUAAAGACCACAGCCAGAGGGAGCGAGGGGAUCAAACAGCAUUUUUUUUUCUUCUCUUUCUAAAUGUCCCCUCUUACCUUCGCCCAUUUCCCACUCCCUUUCAACCAUGUUUUACAAGUCAACAUUUCAUUCUUAGUCCCCUUUUCCUUCCCCUCUUCCCUCUUAUUCUUCCCUUUUUCUGAAGUGAUGUCCCUCCUGACCACUGCCUGUUUAAGAGAAGAGAGAGCCACUCUUCCUGCUAGUGAUGUCAUGCAUGUCCAGGGGGAUAUCGCUUACUUUGCGAGCUUUUCU